AUGGCAGAGGAUCAGGCGAGUACCGCUGUCAAGAGCACGCCGCUGGUCUGUGCUGGCCACACCCGCCCCAUCCCCUCGAUCCACUUCUCUCCGCUCCUCCCGUCCACAUCGAGGGACCCGAAUUACCUGCUAAUCUCGGCGUGCAAGGACGGCAAGCCUCAGCUGCGAGACUGGGUGGGAGACUGGCAGGGGACGUUCACAGGCGACAAGGGACACAAGGGAGCGGUGUGGAGUGCGCGGCUGAGUAGGGAUGGAGCUCUGGCUGCGACUGCGAGCGCAGACUUCACGGCGAAGGUCUGGGAUACGCACACAGGAGCCUGCCUCGUCACCCUCCCUCACUCGCACAUCGUCCGCACCGCCGACCUCUCCAGCGACUCGCUCUCGCUCGCUUCUCCUCCCUCACCCAAUCCCGAUGCACCCUCUCCCCUGCCCUCUACACUGCGCGUCCUGACAGGCGGCCAUGAGAAGCGGUUACGGCUGUGGGACCUGUCACGAGCGCCACGCGACGGCAGCGAAGUCAGCGCGACCGACGGUGUGGACGAGUUCAAGCGGGAUGGUGGAGCAACUGCGCAUGAUGGGACGAUCAAGAAGACGUUGUGGGAUGAGGAGCGGCAAGGGUGCAUCAGUAUGGGCGAGGACAGGGUCAUUCGAUGGUGGGACUUGCGAACACUGCAGCAGACGCACGAAGUGUCGUUCCAGAACCAGCCCAUCACGAGCAUGGAGAAGUCGCAAGACGGCGAGCUCCUCUCCAUCACGACCGGCAAAGACGUCGUUUUCCUCUCGCUCGACUCCCGCCUCCCGUACCUCUCGCACACCCUACCCUACGCCCCCUCCUCCGCCUCUCUGCAUCCCAUCACCCGCUCAACCUUCGUCACCGGCUCAACCGCCGACGAGUGGGUUCGCGUACACGACGCCGAGUCGGGUCGCGAGCUCGAAGUUGGGAAGGGACACCAUGGACCCGUGCAUUGUGUGGCAUACUCGCCGGACGGCGAAUUGUAUGCGAGUGGCAGCGAAGAUGGCACCAUUCGCUUGUGGCAGACCUCGCCGAAGACGUACGGCUUGUGGCAGUACAACGAGGAGCCUGGCGUCGCCGCAUGA